AUGUAUGUAUGUAUGUAUGUAUUUAUUUAUUAUUAUUAUACAAUAAUAUUUUAUUCCAGAAAUAAUCACUAUAAUUUGACUUGUGACUCGAUCUACAAUUGUUUACAAAUUGCUUAAUCAAAUACACAUUGAUUAGGAGCUGUGGGAUGUGUCAGAAAUUAGGUUCAGUGAAUGGCAUUCCUGCUUGCAUGACUUCUUGUCAUUGGUUUAUCAUGCAUGUGUCCACCAGCAUGGCAUUUGGGCAGUGUGUGCCCUGGCCUCUGGAGGCUACUUUUAAGGUAGUGUGAAAAUGCUGGCAUCGGUCUGACAGCUGCAGAUCUGCCUUUCCACACUGGGACACUCUUGAUGUGGAUACCUGCAUGGCAUGUUUGUUCAAUAUGGUUAAUUUGUUAGGUUGGUAUGUGCUGCAUACAAAUGCCUAUGAACCUGAAAAUAGACCUGAAAAAUGUUAACAACUGUCAUGUAAUGACAGAUAUUGGACUGAAAAGCAUUUAUGUUGGGCUGGGCAAAAGUAUUUGAGCAGAAGUUCCCAGAUUGAUCCUACCUGAAGCUUCUCGAGUAUUUCUACUAUAGGAAUAUAAUAGUAUAGUAAGGCUCUUUACUAUAGAUAAGUAAUAAUUAACCUUUUUAGUUAAUUAUCUAUGAUUUUGGACCAGUUAGUCAACUUUGUACAUUGGGCAUUUUAGCCCUCUUCAUAUUCAUGUUAAUUGUGGAAGCUUUUUUGACUGUGUCUUAGAGGUGCACAAAUUUAAAGAAAAAGGAAAAAACAUUUUAAAGUUUUACUCUUAAAGAAAUGAAUGUAUGUUCAAAUACUUAAAUUUCAUAUUAAGAAAUAUGUAUGUCUUAAGUAUCACAAAGUGUCAGUGCAGGUCCAAAACGACUAAAAACAAUUAAUUAAAAAUAAUUAAUUAAGUGUACCUUUUAAAGGAAUAGUUCACCCAAAAAAAUUUACAUUUGUAUAUUUUGAAAAAUAUAUUUUUGGGACUCUUCUCUCCCAAAACCGAUUGAAUCAUAUGGAUUAUUCUUAUGCUGCCUUUAUGUGCUUUUUGGUCACCAUGUACUUGCAUUGUAUGGAACCACAGUGAUAUUUUUAUGACAGAAAUACCCUUAUAGUGACUGUUUUCCAGGCAUAAUGAAUGCACUUCACAGGAUGUGGUCUCAAAGGUCAGUGGAUCUCUCGGUGAGUAGCUGCUGUGUGUGUCACGGUCCGGUUACCUUGACAGGUUGGGGUUCUGCCUGAUGGGACCAUGACAUCAUUGUCCCUUGUCUGUAUUUGUCAAAGUGUGUUUACAUUUUCCCCUUGUCUGUUUCAGGUGCCGCUGGCAUGCUGAAUCAGCGUUUCCAUGGAAACCCUGAUUGUUUCCUCGUUUCUGCCUGUGUGUCGGGGGAAAUUGUUGCCUGGGCUUGCUUAGUUUGAAAAGGAAAUUUUUUUGGUUGUAAAUAAAUCCUAUUGAACUGUCUCUACACCUUUCUGACAGAAUGAGCCAUCCACACACAGACCCAGCUGAGGAUUCAUCUCUUCGCUCUGCCCUCUUGCAGCGAGAAGCCCUGCUGAGGUGACACCAGGAACAGAUUUCCGCUUCAAGCCACUUUUGGAGAAGAUGGAAUCACAGCUUUCAGAACUCACCGUGGCGGUUCAACAGCUCCGCCCAUCUUCUGAUUCUGGCUUGCCUCAGGACACACCCCCAUCGGCUUUGUCGGCUCCCCAUGCCCAGAGAGGCACAUCUGUCCCUCCAGCUCCGUUCUCAGAUAGAAUCCUGAAGUUGGCAAUUCUGUCAUGAUAUUAUUUAGGAUGAGCUCAAAACCUGUUCUUGGCUUUCACUUGGAAGGAUGACACCAAAAUCUUUGUCAGUAUUUAAGUCAACCUUGGCUUGGAAGUAAUCUCUGGACCUUCAUCUCACUGGAUUUAACACCUCAUCUAUCUAAUGGUUCCACCACUGAGAUUCAGCAUGAGAUGCUGUGCUGAGAAUUUGACUGUUUGACAGAGACUCGACAGAAAUGUCAGAGUCAAGAAGGCAAGGGAUGAGUAACUGUGGACUCCCCAGGUUUUUGGUUGGUUGUGAGGAUGGUGACAGCAGAGAACUGGAAGACAGUGACAUGAGAAACAUCUUCGGGCCUUAUGGAGAUGAGGAGGAUGAUGAGGAUCAGUCAGAGCGUCAGAUCGUGGUGGGGAUUUGUUCCAUGACUAAGAAGUCUAAAUCCAAACCAAUGACUGAAAUAAUGGAGAGGCUCUGUAAGUUUGAGUACAUCACAGUGGUGAUUUUUCCAGAGGAAGUUAUUCUCAAUGAAUCAGUGGAGAAGUGGCCCCUGGUUGACUGCCUCAUUUCCUUCCAUUCCAAAGGGUUUCCCCUUGACAAAGCAGUGAGUUAUACCAAACUACGAAACCCUCUCCUAAUCAACGACCUCAACAUGCAGUAUUUCAUUCAGGACAGGAGGGAAGUGUACAGGAUUCUACAGGAAGAGGGCAUUGAUCUUCCACGCUAUGCAGUGUUGAACCGGAACCCUGACAGACCAGAGGAGUGCAACCUGGUGGAGAGUGAGGACCAUGUGGAAGUGAAUGGAGAAGUAUUUCAUAAGCCAUUUGUGGAGAAACCCGUCUCCGCAGAGGACCACAAUGUCUACAUCUAUUAUCCAACCUCAGCUGGAGGGGGCAGUCAGCGUCUCUUUAGAAAGAUUGGCAGUCGAAGCAGUGUGUAUUCUCCGGAAAGUACCCUAAGAAAGACUGGGUCUUACAUCUAUGAGGAAUUCAUGCCCACAGAUGGCACAGAUGUAAAGGUUUACACAGUAGGGCCCGAUUAUGCUCAUGCUGAGGCACGCAAGUCUCCUGCUCUAGAUGGGAAAGUGGAGAGAGACAGUGAAGGGAAGGAGAUUCGCUAUCCAGUGAUGCUCACCGCAAUGGAGAAACUUGUGGCCAGAAAAGUGUGUCUUGCGUUCAAGCAAACAGUCUGUGGUUUUGACCUCCUUCGAGCAAACGGGCACUCUUUCGUCUGUGAUGUAAAUGGAUUCAGCUUUGUAAAGAACUCCAUGAAGUACUAUGAUGAUUGUGCCAAAGUCCUGGGGAACAUGGUGAUGCGAGAGCUGGCUCCUCAGUUCCACAUCCCCUGGUCUAUCCCCAUGGAAGCAGAGGACAUCCCUAUCGUCCCAACUACCUCAGGAACCAUGAUGGAACUCCGUUGUGUUAUUGCUGUAAUUCGUCAUGGUGACCGUACACCCAAACAGAAGAUGAAGAUGGAGGUUAGGAAUGCCCUAUUUUUUGAUCUGUUUGAAAAAUAUGGCGGAUAUAAGAAUGGGAAACUCAAACUGAAGACACCCAAACAGCUCCAGGAAGUGCUGGACAUUGCUCGUCAGCUUUUGGCAGAACUGGUCCAGCACAAUGACUGUGAGAUCGAGGAGAAGAAAUCAAAACUUGAACAGCUGAAGACUGUUUUGGAGAUGGAAUCCAGCCUGAAUGAUAAUCAGUACGGCCAUUUCUCAGGGAUCAACAGAAAAGUGCAGUUGACUUAUCUGCCAAACGGACAGCCCAAAGCAUCAAGUGAAGAGGAAGCUGCUAAUGUUUCCAGGGCAAGAUGGAGCAAUAAAAGGGAGAGAGGACAGCCUUGUCGUGUACCCCAAGAGGUAGUACUGAAGGGUCAGAACCGCCCACUUGAUGGCCAGACACUCCUUGAUGGUGCUGUAUUCAUCUCUCUCACAGAGAGUUUCCUGCUGAUGUACAGUAUCGGACACUCCUCCCCCACGACCACCUGGGACAACACGGCCCCCAACCCCCUGUCUGACGUGUCGGUCUUUAAAACAAAAGGGAGAGAAAAUCAAGAGAGUGUAAGAGUGGCCCACCACAAAGUUCUGCUGAAAAGCCUGUUGGCACAGUUCCGUCCACUGGACCGGUUCUGGAGCUCCAUUUUUAACUCUUUAAAGGAGGGCCCAUCUCUGCUCCUAGUGCUGAAGUGGGGAGGUGAGCUGACCCCUGCAGGUAGAGUUCAAGCUGAGGAGCUUGGACGAGCCUUCCGUUGCAUGUACCCUGGAGGACAAGGAGACUAUGCCGGCUUCCCUGGUUGUGGCCUUCUCCGUUUGCACAGCACAUACCGCCAUGACCUCAAAAUUUACGCCUCCGAUGAGGGCCGUGUGCAAAUGACUGCGGCAGCAUUUGCAAAGGGUCUCUUAGCACUGGAAGGGGAGUUAACUCCAAUCCUCGUUCAGAUGGUGAAGAGUGCCAACAUGAACGGACUGCUGGAUAGCGACAGUGACUCUCUCACAGACUGUCAGCAGAGAGUCAAAGCUCGAUUACAUGAGAUCAUGCAGAAGAACAGAGAUUUCAGUGAGGAAGACAACCAGAAGCUGGCUCCAACAUGCAGCCCUUCUCUGGUCAACUCCAUGGGUGUAAUUAGUAAUCCUGUCAGGACUUGUGACAAGGUUCACACCCUCAUUCAAAGCCUCACAUGUCAGAUCUGCAAAAGGCUGGAAGACCCCAAAUCUGCAGAUCUGCAGCUGUACCACAGUGAGACUCUAGAGCUCAUGCUGCAGCGGUGGUCCAAACUGGAGCGAGACUUCCGAAUGAAAAAUGGUCGCUAUGACAUCAGUAAGAUCCCAGAUAUCUAUGACUGCGUUAAGUACGAUACCCAACACAACAGCUCUCUGGGACUGGAGGACACACUGGAGCUUUUCCACCUGUCGAGAGCACUUGCAGACAUCAUCAUACCUCAGGAGUACGGAAUCACUAAAGCAGAGAAGCUUGACAUCGCUAGCGCGUACUGUCUGCCUCUUGUGAAGAAGAUUCAACUGGAUCUUCAAAGGACACAUGAGGACGAGGCUGUCAACAAGCUGCAUCCACUGUAUUCGCGAGGAGUGAUGUCUCCAGGUCGGCACGUUCGAACCCGGCUUUAUUUCACCAGCGAAAGUCACGUACACUCCCUGCUCAGCAUCUUCCGCUACGGAGGCCUGUUAGACGAGCAAAUAGAUGAACAGUGGAAGCAGGCUAUGGACUACCUCAGUGCCGUAACUGAACUCAACUAUAUGACUCAGAUUGUAAUUAUGCUCUAUGAGGACAAUAACAAGGACCCCUCCUCAGAGGAACGCUUCCAUGUGGAACUGCACUUUAGCCCAGGGGUGAAGGGGUGCAAGGAUGAGGAUAAUGCCCCGUUGGGAUUUGGGUUCCGUCCUGCCUCUUCAGAGAAUCACGAGAAGCAAACAGACCAAGGCAGUCUCGAGGACCUUUCCCAAGACGAGCCAGACAGAGCCGCACCAUCGGAGCCAAUCAGCAUUCAGAGGAAGUCGCCACUUAUCCGCAACCGCAAGGCUGGAUCUAUGGAGGUCCUUUCAGAGAGCAACGCUUCUCGUGGAUCGGCAUAUCGUUUGUUCCCUUCGUCUUCCCGCCAGUCCCCUGAGAUCAAACCCAGUGGGCUAGAGCUGCUCUCUAUGCCAGCAGUAAAGAGAUUUUCUGUGUCGUAUGCCAGGCAUCCAACUAAUGGGUUUGAAGGCUGCUCCAUGGUGCCCUCUAUCUAUCCACUGGAGACACUGCACAACUCACUGUCACUCAAGCAGGUGGAUGAAUUCCUCACAGCAGUGUGCAAGAAUGGGAGUGAGACACAAUUUGAGAGGCUGAAAUCUCUGUCUGCCAUGUUCGACUCCCAUGCCCAGCCCUCGGUAGAUGUUGAGAGUCAGGAGAUCCCAGUACAGCUGAGCCAACCACCCGUUCGGCCUCUCUGGUACAGCAGCGAUCCUCCUAGCACCGUAUCCAGUGCUGGCCCAUCGUCACCAUCAGUAGUAGAGCCCUCAUCAAACUUUGGCUUCAACUGCGAGUAGACAUAUUGGUUAAACACAUUGAUGUGAUUCCUGCAGCAGUAAUGGAAUCGUUUUCUUUUGACACUGAUCUCAGGUCAGUUUUGCAGUCUCUGCUUAAAGUGUUGAGUUUAAGAAUAAUGUGGCAGAAGCUGAUCCUAGAUCAGCAUUAUUUGAGUUAGCUAUCACACAGUGGUACCCACAUGCAGGCUGCUACUGUAUAUAAACUUCUGCCUAAACAAUACCGAGCCACUUUAGCUGAGGUUUAGAUGGACUGUUUGAUCUGCCAGCCUAAUAGCCCUUUGAAACCAGUAAUUAGCUCUUCCACUGUUCUUCUUUGCUCUGAUGGAGUCCGAUAGUAUUUAUGUGCCCAGAUUCAGUGGAAAAGACAAGGACAUUACAGCAUGCACUAGUAAUUGUCACUGGAAGUUUUAUUUCUUUACCCCACACCAAAUUACAUUGCUGCACAUAGUAAAAUGCACAAAGGAGCAUAAAAAACAAUUCACAUUCAGUUUAAUUAUUGUGCCAGUCGAUACAGGAAAGUGAAAUUAUGCCACUAUUGUGCAGUUUGUGUAUUUUAUGAUUUUUUUUUAAAUGUUUUUUAGACAUUAGAAUUUUGUUAAUACAAUUUAUUUCAAGAUUUGAUUGAAAAAGCAAAAAGGUAUUGUUUGGGAAUAAAUAAAUGUGCCUUUGUCUUGUGUGUGUAAAAUAAGCUGCAAUAGUCUCUUUAAAGACAAAUAAUGUUUUUGAUUUUAUGCAAUAUGCUGUUUGCCUAAUGUUUUUCAAUGUAAAUUUGAAAUAAGCAUAUUUCAUUUUAGAGAAUUCUAUUAAUAAAAAACCUGAUGUAAAUAUGUCACUGUUUUAUAUUUUUGUGAUAUUAAAGGGUUAGUUGUUAAUCCAAAAAUCUCAAUUCUGUCAUCUGUCAACUAGCCAUGUUCUGUGGAACCUAGGAGAAAUUUGUUUUCAUUAUCUGUUGAUGGCACUGUUCUUUUUUUCCAUACAUUGAAAGUGAAUGGUGACUGAGGCUGUCGGCCCCUAACAUUCUGCUAAUAUCUCUUUUUGUGGUGCAUGGAGGAAAUCAAGUCAUAUGGGUUUGGAACAACAUGAGGGUGAA